AUGAUCACGAUCAAGGCCGUGGUGCCGCCCGCACGCGAUGUCAUGCUGCGCCUGCGCCACCGGGUAUCCCUCUCCGUCGCUGCGCAAUGGAGUCGGAACAUGAGCAAGGCGUCGGUGGUAGCUUCACCGCCGGCUGGUGAGGCCACUCAGGCGCCAGGCGACUCUUCCAGCGGCAGCCCCACCGGCAGCGGCGAUGGCAAGGUCCUCGGCGCGUUCGGCUUCUCUCGGGGCUCAAAGGGAUCGGGCCAGUCGCUGAUGGGCUCUCGCCACCGCUCGCUCACGUCGGAGCAGCUGCGCGCGCUCGCGGCGGGCGAGUUCGAGAUGGACAACGAGCUCGACGGCGGCGACGUGCUCAUGGAGGUGCUCGCCGAGGACAGCCGCGGCGGCAACCGGCGCGUCGAGUUUGCCGACGAGGCGCUGCUGGCGGAGGUCACGGACGGUGUCGCGCGGGGCCUGCCGCACCACUUCCCGCAGGAGAAUGCGAACGGCGAGAAGCUGCUGCCGCCUCCAAAGGGGCCGCGCGCCGCGCAGCGCCACUACCUGACGCACGAGGGGGUCGGGACAGGGACCGUGUACGAGCGCGAGCGCGCCGCAGCCACCAUGCGCCUCGAGCGCGGCAUGGAGAGCUCCUUCCGCUACCGGCUGCCGGAGGAGGCGAAGAAGGCGCGGGAGGCGGCGCGCCGAUCCCGCGCGCGGAUGCGGGAGCACGAUAUCGUCGAGAGCAGGAUUGAGGAGGCCAUCGCCGCCGGUGCAUUCGACCGGCUGCCCGGCGCAGGCAAGCCGCUCAAGGACGAGAACAACGUCUGGGAGCAGAUCUCGGGCGAGGCGAUGGCGCAUCGCAUCCUCAAGAAUGCGGGCUGCGCGCCCCCGUGGGUGGAGCAGGGCAAGGCGAUCCGGCUGGGCAGGCAGGCGGCGCGGGCGGCACUCGCCAGUGCGGUCGCCGAGCUGGUUGUGUCUCGCGCGUGCCGCGGCCCGAGCGACGGCGACGGCGGCGGCAGCGCCGCGGGCGGCGCGGUGAUGGGUGUCGUGCUCUCUGGCUCGCUGGCGGGCGGCGCGUGGGCUCAGGCGACGCCGGUAGAGCACCCCUUCAUUCCACGCCUCGCCCCUUUUUGCGUGGAGUAG